GACCGAAUGGGUCGUAGUAUUUACAAACUAUGUCUUAUAUCUCUAUAGUUUUACACUUUACGAUAACGUCUCAAAAAACUCGUGUUAAUAUUAUAAAUUCAUUUAUAUAGUUCAUUAAAAUUUUAGAAGUAUUAAUAAAAAUCAUAUACCUAAACAAUUUUGGUUCAACAAAAUUUGAAUAAAAUGAUUUUAAAUUUCUUCAAGAUUUUUUGUUUCAUUAUGGUAAUAAAAAAUUUUCCUGGACAAAUACUCGGAGUAAAAUUAGGUGAAAUGUGUCUUACUAAUCAAGAUUGUGACACAGGAUUUAGCAAAUGUCACCAGGAGACUGGAAUUUGUUCUUGUUUACCUUACUAUGCACGAGUGAACAAUACAUGUUUACAGUCUACACUUUUAGGAUUUGAGUGUGUUGUAGAUGAGCAAUGUUCAUUGAAAGUAGCUAAUAGUAGAUGUCUUGAUAACGUAUGUGAGUGUGAAUCGAAAUUCUGGCAGUAUCGAAGACAUACAUGUUUAUCUCCUGCCAAACUGGGAGAAGUGUGUUAUAGUGAUACUCAUUGCGCACUGUCGGAUGAAAAUAACCGAUGCGAGUUUACCAUACCUGGUGUUUUUGGUUUUUGCAUAUGCAAUUCUGCUUCCAAGGACUGUAUAUACAGAGGACAAGAUUCCACUUUAGCUAAACCUAAUAAUGCAGCAUUUAAAUACCCAUUUAGUAAGCCAGAUUUAAAGAAAAAAGUGCCGUACCAAAAACGACCUUGGCAAACGAAUGAUCAACGACUCACAACAACUACCUCAACAAUUAAGCCAUUACGACCAGUCAAUAAACCACAAAUGCCUCCUUUAAAACGGCCCAUUAUCAAAACAAAUUUAACGAAUAAUAGUAUACAAUUUACUGCUAUUCCGGUGACAAACACUCAGUCAUCAGUAAUUUCUCUCAACUACACAACAGUUGCAUCGAAGAACAUUACAUUUAAGCCUCAAUUUUCUGUAGUACCUACGCCGCCACCAAUCAAAAUUUACCUAAAAAGUCCAAUAAAAGAUUCACAAAAUAAAAGCCAAAUAAUUUUUAAUAAUUCAUCUACAAAAUUACAUAAGAAACCAAUCAGUAAUACAGGUAUUAUGUUAAGAAAGGGAGAACCCAAACGACGUAUUAGUCUAGGAUUUCCGUGUGUUAGCGAUGCACAGUGUAUGCGAAAUGAUGAAAAUUCAAGAUGCUUGCAUGGAAUUUGUGAUUGUCUACCAAACAAUAAGACAAUUGAUCAGUGUACAGCAAAAAAUCGAGGCUGCUUACAGAAUACAUUCCAAUGCCGAUCUAGUGGUAAAUGCAUUAGUUGGUUCUUUGUAUGCGAUGGCCGAACAGGUGAUUGCGGAGAAGACGAUAAUUCAGAUGAAGAAUGUUCGGGUAAUCAGCAAUGUCCAAGUACCACGUUUGCCUGCCGGUCUGGAAAAGGCCUCAGAAAUUUAUGUGUUUCUAGAUCAACUCGAUGUGAUGGUGUAAAAAAUUGUCCAUUUGGUGACGAUGAAGAAGGCUGCAACACCAUUGAACAUAAAGGGUGUCCGGCGUAUACGUUCCAGUGCGGCGACGGUCAGUGUCUACCGGAGUACGAGUUAUGCAACGCGGUCGUGACGUGCGCCGACAAAUCGGACGAGUUGGAAGGCCUGUGCGGCGGCGGCGGUGCACCGAUGACGGUCGGCAACAGGACGUCCGUCGCGCGUCCCCCGCAGCCGUUGACCCGGGUCCGCGGCGCUUACCGGCACAGUCCGGCCGAAUGCCCUUUCCGGUGUAGGAACGGCAGGUGCCGAUCGACCGCCGUGCUGUGUUCCGGUCGCGACGGAUGCGGCGACGGGUCGGACGAAUCAGGCUGUUCCGUAUGCAAAUGCCCUGCAGUUUCAUAAAAAUAUAUUGAAGUUCUUAUUUUGAGAAUAUUAUGGUAUUAUAAAGUACGAUCACUACGAUGCUCAUCAGUACAUAUUAUAUUAAUACUUUAUAGUGUAUACUAUAAUAUUAAGCACAUAAUGGAAUACAACAAUGAACAAGUGUAAUUUUGUAAAUAUUUUAUCUUUAUAGUUUGAAAAAAAAAGAUAUAUUUGUUUUUUUUAGACACAUCAACUAAUUAUAACUUAAUGUGUUAAUAAUUAUAUUCUUAUUAUUAUAUUUUUGUAUUACUUGUAUUAUUUAUUUUUAUUACAAAUUUAAUUAUAGUGUCUAUUAAUUAUUAUAGGUAGUUAUUUACUAUAAUAACUUUUAUUCUGUCGAUUAGGUAUUUAAUCAGACUAAAUGUAUAAUACAAUACAUUUAUAACUAAAUAAUAAAUACCUAAUAAAUAAUAAUGAAUUUAUUUAUUUUUUUUUUUACAUUUUUUCGUAGAUAGAUACAUGCACGGUGUACGUCCAAUAAGGGGUGUGUAUAGAAAAUUUCAAGGGGAAAAUGACCAAUUUUAUUUUAUUCUUAUUUCUAGUAUAUGAACGCCCAUGGAAUAUACUCAUACUUUAGUCUUUAGUGUACCUAUAUAAGAAAUAACUAUAUUAUCACAUUUAUAUAAAUGUUUUAAGCUAUUAUCAUACGAUAUACAAUAAAAACAGAAUUUGAUACUAUUAUUAAUAACUGUAAACUGCAUGUUGCUAUUCGUAUUAUGCCAUUAUGCCAGGUUAAGUGAUACAAGAAGCUAAACUAUUAACUCUUAAAUAAAUAUAUAAUAAUAUAUACAGAAAUAAAUUUAUUUUAUUUUACUAUAAAAAAAUAUUUUAAUGUAUCUACGGGUAACUAUUAAACAAAAAUUAUAAUUAAAUUAUUUUGUUAACUAAAUUAUUUAUUUUGUUGAAUCGAAUUGAUGUAAAUAAUAUUAUAUUAAUAUUAAAAUAAAAUUACCAAUGCAUGGA